AUGGGAACGGUAGCUGCGAGUACUGUAUACGGUCUAAAUACCGUUGCAACUCUUCAAAUAUUCUAUAAAAUUACGAUAAGUAACGUUGUCGCUUUGUUUAUGAUCAUCACAUCACAAACAAUGGGCUAUGGAUUAGCUGGUGUGAUGCGACGCUAUUUAGUGUGGCCUGCUGCAAUGAUUUGGCCAUCUACAUUACCCACCUGCGCAUUUCUUCGCAGUUUGCAUGAAAGUCGAGAAGAAGAUCUGGCCAAUAAUAUAUCAAAAUGGAAAAUAAGUCGAUUACGGUUAUUUCUAUACAUAUUUAUAUUUUCAUUUACAUGGUAUUGGUUUCCAGGUUACAUAUUUCCAAUCAUUAGCUCCCUUUCAUUUAUCUGCGCAAUGAACCCGACGAAUGUUGUAUUUUCUCAAAUUACUGGUGUUAAUGGUUUAGGCGUUGGAACCGUGCAAUUGGACUGGAAUUCGAUUACGGCUUAUCUCGGGUCGCCGAUUGUUGUACCAUUAUGGGCUCAACUAAAUAUUCUCGCCAGUUUUGUUCUUUUUUGUUGGAUAAUUAUACCGGCCAUAUACUAUACGAAUACAUGGGGCGGCAAAUCAUUUCCGAUCGGUUCAUCCAACUUGUAUACGUCUGAAGGCUACUUGUAUAAUAUAAGCUGUAUUGCUGAUAAAAACUCUCGUUUAAACAUAACAGCUUAUAAUAUUUAUGGAGCUGGAAGAAUGAGCAUUAUGCUCGCCGUUGCCUACGGAAUUUAUUAUACAGCUUCCGUCCUAUGGGGUUUAAUCGGAACAACUCGACAGUUCCUUCACAAUUCUGUACCGUAUUACAAUCUAUUUUGGUUUUUCCCUAUUGGUGUAUUUCUACCAGUUAUCCAAUGGUUCUUCGUAAAGAAGUUUAAAGCAGAAUGGUUGCGGUAUGUUAAUGUACCGAUAAUGUGUAUAGUGAUUUCGAAUUUGUUGCCAGCGCCGGCGGGAAAUUUUCCCUCUUGGUUAUUUCUUGGCUUCGUGUUUAAUCUGUUUAUUAAACGAUAUGCCUCAGUCUGGUGGGGUAGAUAUGCUUAUGUGACAUCUUCAGCAAUGGACUGUGGUCUGGCAUUUUCAGCACUAAUUAUAGUAGUACUGCAAAAUAACGGUAUGUCAUUUCCAAAUUGGUGGGGAAUUACUGGCUACUACGAUGGGCACUUAUGUCCAUUAUCUUACGCUAAUUAUUCCGGUGUAAUUCCGUCAUAUAAGACCACAUAA